CAAAGAGAAAGCAGAAAAAAAAGGCAGAGUAGUAGCCUCCACUACACCACCACUCCCUUCUGGGCUUUAUAAAAAAGCCAUUGAACCCAUUACAACUUCCCCCUUUUCCCUUUCUUCUCUCUCCCACAUACACUUUCUUCCACCAAUGGGCUUCUACAUCGAAGACCCUCUCUCCUGCUUCACAAUAGGCCAGGCCAUAUACGAGGCUGCUCUCAUUAUUGCACUUCUCAGAUGCCUUUUCUGCUUCCUCUUCAGACUCAUCAACAACGACACAACCACAACCUCUCAAGACACCCCACCUCAAUCCUCUCCUCAGACCACCACCACCCUUUUGCUCACCACCUUCGGAGACAUUAAGGACAGGCUCCCACAGACCGAGGACACCUGUGCGGUUUGCCUCAGCCAGCUUCAGGUCCAGGACGAGGUUCGGGAGCUCAUCAACUGUUACCACGUCUUCCACAGAGACUGCAUAGACAGAUGGCUGGAGCACGAGCACGACAAUCACAACCCCACCUGUCCACUCUGCAGAGCCCCUUUGCUCAGUUCUUCCUGCCACCACUACUCCGCCGCUUGUCAGCCUCCUCCUCAGCCUAGUUGGGCUGUUGAGAGACUUCUCUAUCUCUUCGGCGAUGAUUUGCUACCUUGCUAGUUACUUAAUUGUUUCGGUUUUUGUUUCUAGAUUCUGCACAAAAAUAGCUUAGCCAAAUAUUCAUUAUUUGUUAUCUUCAUCUUACCUCAAAUCAUCCUCUGUCCUCUAUCCUCGUGUAAAUGUUGCUGUAACAAAAUAACUAGGACACGCACUACCUUCAGGUUUCUGUCUGUAUAUAUUCAUAUAUUUUUUUCA